AUGAAGUGCCGUGAGCAUGAACUCAAUGAAGGGAGAAAAGCUUCUGCUGCAGAUGUAUCGCAGUGGCUAUCUGACUUUCUGUCUCUUCAUCCUGACAGUGAUGACAGUUUGUCACUAGGAAUACUAGUCGCUGGGUGGGACAACUCAUCGGGCCCUUCCCUGUAUAAAGUUAAUGGUAAGGGGGAACUGCUUAAAAGCUUGUGGCUUGGAACUGGAUCUGCUUCCGCUGGCACUGGUUCAUUCAUUUGCAAGGACAUUGACAGGUCGUCCAAGGUUCAAGCUACAGAGUUGGUCAAACGUGCACUUUUUCUUGCAGCAUUCGACGCGCCUGAAAGCUGUAAAUUUGUCAGUGAAUGUCAAAAUCGUCACUUCCGUGAAGCUGGGCUAUCAUUGGAAGACCAGGAGCGCCUAAAAGAAGUCCGCGAUUACGAACGUCCGUCCAAGAGAAGCUGGGCUAUCGUUGGAAGACCAGGAGCGCCUAAAAGAAGUCCGCGAUUAUGA